AGAAUUUGUUUGACUUUUGAGGGCCGAUGCUCCUUCCUGGAAACCUGCUCCCACCCACCAGGUUAAGAUGAUAAGAAACUGCUUAAAAUGUUAUAUUUAUCUGAAGCCUCAGCAUCGUAGCAGAGAAAUCUCAGUUCUUUGCAAUUUUAGCACACCACCUGUCUUGAAUGGCUUCAACCAGUACCGAAACCUCGUCCUCUUCUUCCAAGCUCCCACACAAGUAUGAUGUAUUUUUGAGUUUUAGAGGGAGUGAUACCCGUAUGAAUUUUGUCGAUCAUCUUUAUGAAGGUUUAGUUGGAAAUCGAUUUAAUACAUUUAGAGAUGAUGAGCAACUUGAACGUGGUGGGGAGAUUUCAUCUCAACUCUUAGAUGCUAUUGAAGAAUCACGUAUUUGUAUAGUAGUUUUCUCUAAGAACUAUGCUGAUUCCCGAUGGUGUUUAAAUGAAUUACUGGCUAUUAUUGAGUCAAUUGCAAGCGAUGAUGGCAGAAUUGUUUUGCCGAUUUUCUAUCACGUGGAUCCUUCACAUGUACGACAUCAGACGGGAAGUUAUUGCACAAGGUAUACUUAUCCUGAGAGAGACGCAGACAAGGAGAAAGUUGAGAUGAUAGAGAAAUGGGGAAAUGCUUUGACUGCAGCAGCCAAUAUGAGUGGAUAUCAUGUGGACCCAAAAACACAUGAAGGCAACAUUAUUGAAGAGAUUGCAAGUCAAAUUUCAGAUUGCAUAGAUCAAAAACCUUUACAUGUCGGCACACACCUGGUUGGACUGGAUAUACGUCUGAAUGAAAUAAUGAAGUUGAAGAGUGGCGAUAAGUCAAAAUUUGUUCUCAUGGUGGGGAUAUGUGGACUUGGUGGAGUAGGCAAGUCCACAAUGGUUAGAGCUAUUUAUAAUGAACUCUCUUAUCAAUUUAAGAGCAAAAGCUUUCUAGAAGUAGCUGGAGACGUUUCCAAAGACUGUCAUCGUCUACUGGAUUUGCAAAAACAACUUUUUUGUGAUAUCUCACCCAGAAGCAAAAAAAAAAUAAGGAUUCUUGCUGAAGGAAUUAAUGUGUUAAAGAACAUGCUUUGCCGUGAAAAGGUUCUUCUUGUCAUUGAUGGUGCGAAUGAUGAGACGCAAUUACAAAACUUAGCUGGUGGACAUGAUUGGUUUGGUGAAGGAAGUAGAAUUUUUAUAACAUCUAGAAAUAAAGAAUUGCUGGUCCAGCACAAAGUGGAUGUACUAUAUCAGCUUCCAGAAUUAAACAACGACGAAGCUCUUGAACUCUUCAGUUGGCAUGCUUUUGAAACGAGUUAUCCACAUCAUGAUUUUUAUAUUCUUUCCAAAAAAUUCGUAGAGUAUUGUCAAGGUCUUCCCUUAGCUCUCAAAAUAUUGGGUUCUUGUCUAUUCCAAAAGCAAAGCCAUGAAUGGAAAAUUCAGUUACGUGACCUUGAUAAAGAACCUAACAUGAAAAUUUUAGAUGUGCUUAAAGUAAGUUUUGAUGGACUACCAUCAACUUAUAAGGCAAUAUUCCUUGACAUUGCAUGUUUCUAAUUUAAGGGAGAGUAUAAAGAUUUUAUUAUAAAAAUACUAGAUGAUUGGGAUUGUCCUGCGGAGACUGGAAUAGGAUUUCUCAUAAAUAGGUGUCUUCUAACAAUUUCAAAUGGAAAGGUUGGCAUGCAUAAUUUGAUACAACGAUUGGGUCAUAAAAUCGUUCGUGAUGAAGGUCCCAGGAACAAAGGUAUGCGCAGCCGAUUGUGGGAUCAUGUGGAUGUGAAAGAUGUAUUGAAGAAAAGGACGGGAACCAAUUCAAUUGAAGGCAUAUUCCUAAAUUUAUCGAAUCUAAACAACAUAAAUUUAACUACUCAAGCAAUGAAAGAGAUGUCUGGACUUCGAUUGCUCAAAAUUUUCUUGGGUUCUGAAGUUGUUACUGGUGAAGAGGAUUACAAAGUGCGCAUUUCUAGGGAUUUUAAAUUUCCUACAUGGGAUUUAUCCUAUGUCCAUUGGCAUGGAUACCCUUUGAAUUCUUUGCCAUCAAAAUUUGAGACUCAGAAACUAGUGGAACUCAACAUGCCGUAUAGCAACAUAAGAGAAUUUGGGGAAGGGAAUAUGGUUCGGUUUGAGAAACUAACAGCCGUCAUUCUCAGUCACUCUAAAUACCUCAUAAAAGUCUCAAACUUUUCCAGCACCCCAGAGUUGGAGAAACUAAUUCUUGAAGGUUGUACAAGCUUGCGCGAGAUUGACCCAUCUAUUGGAGAUCUGAGAAGGCUUAGUUUGUUAGAUUUGAAAGAGUGCAAGUCACUGGGUAGUCUUCCAGACAGCAUCUGCAACUUGAAAUCUCUUAAAACUCUUUAUCUUAGUGGCUGUUCAGAACUCAACUGUUUGCCCGAAGACUUGGGAAACAUGCAACAUCUAACUGAGCUUUAUGCAAAUAGAACAGCUACAGGAGCGCCCCCUCCUGUAAUUGGUCGUUUAAGAGAACUUCAAAUACUAUCCUUUAGUGGAUGUACAGGAGGAAGAGCUCACCCAUCAUUGUUUUCUUUAUCAGGUUUAUUCCUCUUAAGGGAAUUAGAUCUAAGUGAUUGUUAUUGGUGGGAUGCAGAAAUACCCGAUGAUUUUUGGGGCUUAUAUUCAUUGGAAAACUUAAAUCUGAGUGGAAACCAUUUUACUAUGGUGCCACGGAGAAUCACAGAACUUUCAAUGCUAAAAGUUCUUGUGUUGGGGCGUUGCAAGAGGCUCGAAGAAAUUCCGGAAUUUCCAUCAAGUCUAGAAGAACUGGAUGCACACGAAUGCGCAUCCCUGCAAACUUCCUUGGCUUCAUCAAGAUAUGUUGUGGAAGGUACCGCACGGAUGAUGUCGCUGCACAAUACUAUAUUAGAGAGGAUUCAGGACCACGCUCCAAAGAGUGAGUUCUGCAUUCUCAUUCCUGGAGAUGGAAUUCCUGAAUGGUUUGAACAUCGGGAAAUGGGUUCUUCACUAACAAUGGAGCUGCCUUCAGAUUGGUACGACCGUGACAAGUUCCUAGGAUUUUCUGUAUGCUUUGUCUUUGCUUUCAAGGAUCAACUGCCUCAGAUCCACAACGACAUAUUAUGCCAGUUGAACAAUUUUUCAUUUUUCUAUCCCUACUGGGACAAGUGGAGUGGUGAGCAUUCAUCAAAUGAUCGCCACAUGUGGUUGGCAUAUCAACCACGCUCUGGAGUCGAUAUUUGCCACCCAGAGGCAUGGAAUAGCAUUCGGGCUUCCUUUGAACUGUCUGGUGUGACUGAUGCGUUGUCGAUAAAGUGUGGCCUUCAUCUUAUCUACAAAUGACGUCAUUAAAAAGUAAUUGUAAUACCCAUCCAUAGGGAUAAACUCAAGGGAAAGGUCUUCUACAAUGGCCACAACAUUAUUUGAACUCUUCUUCUAGGGAUCUCUGUUUUUUUAAUAUUCUUUGAUUUUCCAUGUUUCCAAUUA